AUGGCAGCCCCGCCAAUACAAUCAUACCUACUCGGCACGAUCUUCCUCACCUUCCGUGUUCUUUCGUUCCUCAGCGCCGUCAAGGACUACGAGAUGUUCGGCUUGCCACUUGAGCAUGAGACAAACGCUUCCACGAUCAGCAAAUCAGACCUGCAUAAACAAACCGAGGACACUAGUCUCUCCUCCGGCCUAUGCCCGCAGCGUUCGGCCUGGAAAUUUACGACUUUUACGAGAAUUAUCAGCGCCACUGCCGAUGCGGAUGCUUUAAUUGUGGCUCAGUUUGGUGGAGAGAGUUGCCAGGAUAAGGUGUGGGGACAGCUGGUCACGGGUGUUAUGCUGAGGGCUUGGGCUUGGUGA